AAUACCGUGAGAGGAGGCGGGGCUUGAGUGGCUUGCCGGUUUGGCUGCGCGUGUCGUGCGUGAGUGUAUGUGAAAAAUCCCGUAGACCCCCCAGGAAAGAGAAGAGCCACGCAAAAAUGGGGAACGUUCUAGCUGCCAGUUCUCCUGCACCACCCCCUGCCGGAUCUCCCCCAGGCCCAGGUUUAGUAAAUGUUCCUCCGGGAUUCACAAUGCCCCCUGUUUCUGGCAUUGGCACAGCUGCUGAGAAGAAAGAACCCCAGGAAGAGCGGUUACCUAAUCCUGGCACCUAUGAGGAAUGUCAUCGCAAAUGUAAAGAGUUAUUCCCCAUGCAGAUGGAAGGAGUGAAACUGACUGUAAAUAAAGGGUUGAGCAAUUAUUUCCAGGUAAAUCACACAAUCACACUCAGUACUGUUGGCGACUCAAAUUAUCAUUUUGGAGCCACAUACGUUGGAACAAAGCAGCUGAGCCCCUCAGAGGCAUUCCCAGUAUUAGUAGGUGAUGUAGAUAACAGUGGCAGCCUGAACGCACAAAUAAUCCAUCAGCUAACUCAACACGUACGAUCAAAGGUGGCAUUACAGACUCAGCAGUCUAAGUUUGUGAACUGGCAGAUAGAUACAGAAUACAGAGGAGAAGAUUUCACCGCUGCAGUCACGCUCGGCAACCCAGAUGUAUUGGUGGGAUCUGGUAUUGUAGUUGCUCACUAUCUCCAAAGCAUCACUCCUAGUCUGGCACUAGGAGGGGAACUCGUCUACCAUAGGCGUCCUGGGGAGGAGGGAACAGUUAUGUCUCUAGCAGGAAGAUACACAGCUUCUAAUUGGACGGCGACACUCACACUGGGACAGGCUGGAGCACACGCAACGUAUUACCAUAAAGCCAACGAUCAGCUUCAAGUAGGAGUGGAGUUUGAAGCUAGCACUCGGAUGCAGGACACUAGUGUCUCCUUUGGUUACCAGCUGGACCUCCCCAAAGCCAACCUGCUUUUUAAAGGUUCAGUGGACAGUAACUGGGUUGUCGGUGCUACUUUAGAAAAGAAGCUCCCGCCGCUCCCCCUCACACUAGCCAUGGGAGCCUUCCUCAACCACGGGAAGAACAAAUUCCAGUGUGGCUUUGGCCUGACCAUUGGUUAACCUCAGCUUCUCGUGCUCAGCUUGUGGUCUCCCCUCCACGGUCAGACAUGUGGCCUCACCCUCCUGCUUUCUGACAGCCUCCACCACACCCUUUCAGAUUCUAAAUUUGCUCUUUCUCCCCAAACUCCUGCCAGACACAUUUUAUGACAUUUAUUUUAUCAUUGAGGCAGUGAAUGAGCGGUCUGUGAAUAUUUAAUGUAGGUACCUAGAAUGGAGAGAGAGCCGGCCUUGUUGUUCUCUCCGCCUUCCAUGUAUGUUCUCUGUGGGGAGGACGGGCUUUCCUUCUUUCUCUGGAGUCCUGCACUGAGGAUUUACUCCUUAUAGUUGUCUUAUUUUAUCGUCUCUCUUAUCAGCUAUUCAUCAGUUCUUCCCAUGGGGAUUUUGAAGUGUGAAUGUAGGGGGGUAUUCAUCCUGUGUGUGGUGGUUCUGUCAUCUGCUCCCCUCCUCUAUUUCUUUUUUCUACAGAUUACUAGGGAACUGUCCUAUAUGGGGGAGGGGGUCAGGUCUGUUCUGGGCCUUACCUGAGCCCUCUGUCCUUAUAGACCUUGUGCUGCUGUCGGAGGGGGGUGGGGGUGAGUCCUGCUGCCACCUGAUCUCCAUCUUUAGGUGCGUGGAUGUAAAUCAUGUUUAUAAGUUAUAAAAAAAAAAAGAAACAAUAUGGCAUUGAUCUUUUACACAAAACGAAUAAGUAGCCCAAAGCAAAGUCAUGACCGGGCCUGUACAGCACUAAUAAAGUGACUUCUGCAAUGGGA